AGAGAGAAAUGUGGAGAGAGAGAGAGAGAGAGCACGUAAAAUCAUAUAGUCCGUAUAUGCAAUCGCGGCUGCAGGGAAGAACACGAGUGCUUUCCUUCACCUUCCUCUUCCCAUUUCAGCGUCCUAAAUUCUCCGAUUCUCAGUCUCAUCUCCCUCUCUCUCUCUCUCUCUCUCUCUCUCUCUCUCUCUCUCUCUCCUGUAAAUGGCCGGGGAAGCUUCACCGACGGAAUUGAGCUCGGAAUUGCUCGAAGACGUCGAGGACUUCGUCGAGACGAAUGAAGGGGAGUCUUCAUUGUCGUCAGAGCGAAUUCGUCAUGUUUCUGAUCUUAUGAAGAUUGGGAACCAAGCAUUCCGAGAGAAUUGCUUCGAAGAGGCAAUCAAUUGUUAUUCAAGAGCUAAUUCUGUUAAGCCAGGUGAUCCUGUCAUUCUCAGUAACCGAUGUGCUGCUUAUCUAAGGAUUUGCCAAUUUCUGAGACACAGACGUCCAUCAGUUUCUGAAUACAGUCCACUGAGUGGAUUGGAUCCUACAAUACAUGCUGAGCUUGCAUUGAAGGAUGCUGAGAAGGUGAUGAACUUUCAAGGUGACUCAACAAAAUCGUAUAUUUUGAAGGCCAGCGCACUCAUUAUGUUAGAAAAAUAUGAGCUAGCCCGGGAUGUCAUUCUUUCAGGUCUCCAUGUAGAUCCUACGAGUGAUCCUCUUAAGGAUUUAGAGAGAACAACUGCGAGCACAAUUGGGAGUAGAGGCCAUGGGAAACCUGAGCGUACUGAUGAUUUUGAUUGCACUGUUUGCCUGAAGUUACUUUAUGAACCUGUUACAACUCCUUGUGGACAUACUUUUUGUCGUUCAUGUUUGUUUCAAUCCAUGGACCGAGGUAAUAGAUGUCCAUUGUGCCGAACUGUUCUGUUUAUUAGUCCAAGAACAUGUGCUAUCAGUUUCACACUGAACAACAUUAUCAAAAAAACCUUCCCUGAGGAGUAUGAUGAAAGGAAGCUGGAGAAUGAAAGUUUGACAAGCCCUGGUGGUGAUUUUAUGCCUCUUUUUGUCAUGGAUGUUGUCCUACCUUGCCAGAAGCUUCAUCUCAACAUAUUUGAGCCUCGCUAUAGACUUAUGGUCAGGAGAGUAAUGGAAGGAAAUCGCCGCAUGGGAAUGGUUAUCCCUGAUUCUAGAACAGGUUCAAUAGCUGAUUUUGCAUGUGAAGUGGAGAUCACUGAGUGUGAACCACUUCCAGAUGGACGCUUCUUUCUUGAGCUUGAAAGUCGCAGGAGAUUCCGCGUUCUUCGGGAUUGGGAUCAAGAUGGGUAUCGUGUGGCUGAAAUUGAAUGGGUUCGUGAUAUAUCUCCAAGCGCAGGAACAACACAGAGAGAAGAUUUACAGGAAGUAAUCAAUGCUGCAGCUGAAUAUGCUCAAUCAUGGAUGAAGACAGCUCGAGAAGAAGCACAGCAACGACAAGAUAGGGCGAGACUCCUAGAACUUGAUGAAUUGGAAUCGAUGAUGCCCACAACACGGGAUCCUGAGCUCUACAGUUUCUGGCUUACUACUCUUACAAGACGAAGGCCAUCAGAAAAAUUGGAACUCCUUCGAGAAAGAGAUACGAAUCAGAGGAUAAGCAAGGCACUCGUUUACCUGAGAUUAGAAGCCCAAACCUGCGCAAUUCAAUAACAAAGCUGAUUGUCAACGCAAGCUGGCUUGUGUGAAUGACUCUUGUGGAUGUGUGUCGGCUCGCGUUUUUUUCUUGGGUUCUGGAUGUGUUCUAAAUUCGAUUUCUUGCCCGCUAUCAUUGUUUUAGUAUUGUUUAGUUUGAUUUUCAAGAAGCUCCUGGAGUUGCAAGAGAUUUUUCUUGAGCAUUGUUGUAAUAUCUAUUUUCUGGGUAUAAAACAAGCCGCAUUAUGUAUAUUACUCUGAUGUAUUAUUUUUUUAGAGGAACUCAAUAACGAAAAACAGUAUAGAUAAUUCCUCUGCUUUA